UCAGGCGGACUCAGAACCCCUGUACUGCAUCGCGACUGUGCUUGAUCCACGAUAUAAAGAUCAUUACUUGGAUGUGGGGAAAAAGAUGCGCACACGAGAAAUGAUCCAGGCCGAGUUGGAUUUGGGAAAGCCGCUAGGUGAUGGAGACGGUCAGGUGAUGCACAGCGCAGGAGAUGAAAACAGCGCAGAGAGUAAACGGGCUCGUACUACAGAUGAGCCGCGCACAGUCUCGCUGUCUGACAUGUUCGAUGAGAUCCUCCAAGAGAAUAACCCAUUUGCAAGACAGAGGACAAGCUCGACCGCUCAACAGUUAGAUGGGUAUCUCUCAGAAGUCCCCAUCCCCAGGAGCAAUAACUCUCUCGAAUUUUGGAGGACCAAUCAAGGCCGCUUUCCCGACCUGGCGCAGAUGGCACGCAGGUACUUGUCUGCUCCAUGCACAAGCACCGACAGUGAGAGACUGUUUAGUGCUGCAUCUCAUGUCAUCGAUGAGAAGAGGAACCGACUUUCAUGUGAGAAAGCAGAGAAGCUACUUUUCAUAAAGAAGAACCUGCCACUUUUCCUGAAGAAGUAGGCUAAGUAGGCUUAUGUCUAGGACAGUUAUUCAUUUGUUGUGGGUUCAUCCACAUUUUUUGCACUAUUCAAUGCACAUUUGUUGUUGUAGACAUACAGAGUUACAUUCUUUCAGCAGUCAGUUAUAGGCCUAACAUAGGCUAUUCAAGAAGGGGGGCUGGCUUCAAAAAUGGCCGAAUUUUUUUUUUACUAAUUUAUUUAUUUUAAGUUAUAUUGUGCUUUGUUUGUAUAAUAUUUGCUGGAAUGUUCAAAAAUGUUCAGUGUUAAAUAAAUAUUUUGAAAUUGUAUUUUUGUUAUUUGAUUUAUUUAUCUGAAAAGCAGCACAAAAUAGUAAAAAGCAAAUUUUUACUAUUUAAUUAUUGUAAUGGUGAAAAAAUUGGCAAAAUAAAUGGAAAAAAUGCGAAACACCGCGUUCGGUAUUCGGCCUUCGGCCAAGCAUUUCAUUAUUAUUCGGCUU